AUGAUCAUCUCCCCCAAGUCGAGUUUUGUCUUUGGGGGCAUAGUGACAAUAGCUCUACAAAUUCAGCUCGUCACUCCUGGGUCGCUUUACUAUGGACCUUACACCGUGUCCGGUACAGAUUAUGAAAUCUCGGAAGCUGCACCAUUUUAUGGUGGUGAGGUCGCUGAUGAGAAUUGUGCGAUAAAAGUAGUGGAUGAUCCGACGCUUCCGGAUAUCUCAACCAUCUCAACGGUACCAGUAAAGUUUCAACACUUACUCGCUAAUAAGUCGCGAGCUCCAGUUGAGCCUCUGUAUUUGAAAGUGGGCAAAGUAAUUAUUGCUGAGGACACUCCUGGACCUGAUGACGAUCAUGACGCAUACACAACCUGGACUUAUGACUCACCGUCAAUGAGCAAUAGUGUGAUACAGAACGUCGAGCAGACAGAUCGUCGUCUGGAGGAUAAUACGAAUCAAAACAUUGCUCAAUUGGAGGCUUAUUUCGGCAAAAAGCUGGAGUUAACACUAUCGAAACUCCCUACGAUUGGUAUUUACCAACCUUCACCAUGGUCUGGACCAUUCUGGCCUUCGUUCGAGGACAGUAUUAAUAUUAGGUGGAAAAAGAAACAGCCUAGUCCCGCGGAAAAGUACGCACUAGCCUUUGGACUCAAUGCCACGGAGAUUACGUACAAUGUCUCGGUUCACCAUGGAAUUGAGUCGCAAACGAAACGACCAAAGUGUCGCCAUGACAAGACGUGCAAACUUCUCCAUAACCACAGUAGAUGUGCAAUUCGUGCUGGUCAGCACGAAGGUUAUUGCAUUCCUAUGUGGUUCGGUUUAUGCCAUGCUUGGGCUCCAGCUUCAAUUCUUGAACCUGAGCCCAGAUGUCCAGUGACAUAUAAUGGUAUCACGUUCUACCCACUGGAUCUUAAAGCUCUGAUUACAACUGUUUACGCGGGUGCGAAAGUCCAAACACUAUUUACAGGUGUUCGCUACAAAGGACUGACAAACGAAACGGAUGAAUUUGGUCGAUACAAGAAUGCUGCACAGCGAGACAUGAAUCCUGGAUUCUUUCACAUUGCAAUGGCUAAUAUCCUUGGAAGAUUUAAUGCCACAUUUGUGGUAGAUGUUGAUUCAUCUGCUGAAGUAUGGAAUCAACCAGCACGUGGCUUUAAGGUCUUUGAACAAACUGCUAUGUCGCUUGAAAAAGCUGCCCAGACAUUCUAUGGACUUUCCACAUAUCCAUGGAAUGCCGCCGCAAAGAGUAUUGUGUACAUCAAAUCGCGUCUUUCGUGGAUUGCCGAAACAUAUACCGAUGGGGGUCUGGUCUCUUCUGGUCGAAUUAACCGUUUCACAACAGGCAAGUACUACUAUUAUAUUUUAGAGUUGGAUGAUGCUGGGAUCAUUCUCGGUGGCGAGUGGGUUUACAAUUCGACUAGAUAUCAUCCUGAUUUUCUGUGGAUUCCAAAAGCGAGACCCGAUCUUUCCAUUGUAACGAACAUCGGUCUGAGUUACGGAAACGUGAGUCUGCUUGUCAAUGCGUCGGCAGCCUGCACUCCCGUUAUUUCUCCAGAAGGAUCAGAAGCUUCUGACUCGGAUGAUGUCAGAGAGCCACCUACAGAAGUUCCAACUUUAGACAAUACGGAGACAUCACCAGCAACACCAGCACUGAAUUCGCCACCAACGACACCAGCACUGAAUUCGCCACCAACGACACCAGCGCUGGAUUCGCCACCAGCGACACCAGCGCUAAAUUCUCCACCAGCGACACCAGCCUUGAAUUCGCCACCAGCGACACCACCUUUGAAUUCGCCACCAACGUUAGCGUCGAUCACUGUCGUGGAGAUCUACGCGCCGGUUGCGAAGAGGUCUUUUCCAGUUCCGAAAUGGACUGUCGAUGGCUUAGAGCCCCGCUUUGUUGAUGUCGCGAUUGGUGGUGUCUCGACUGUGAAUCGUGUUGCGUUUUUUUUGAAGUCGCCAGUAGCAGGUGUCGUAUUGGUCGUCUCUUCAUCACCCAUGAGUGCUUCUCUAUCCUCUUCAUCCGGCAGUGGAUUUGACGAUGUGGGGGACCGGGAUGAUGCCAUCGAGCUGUCUGCAGAGAUCGAUGUAGCAGUGUUUAUCGUCUACCUCGAAUUGAAUCAUGCGUCACACUCUAACGCAUUUGUGCUCGGUAGUGGUGUAUUGUCGUCUUUUGAAGCGAACGGGAGGGUUAAGCCCGCUCCAGGAAAGCCGAUCUCUCAUCCAGUGCAUGCACGAGCGGCAGGGAUAUUCCCAGCUGAUCACGGCGCAAGAGGAGGAGACUUGCGCAGAAGUCGAAUGUUGACUGUUGUCGUGAGAAAGAUGGCAAGAAUGUGUAUCAAUAGAGCAGAUAUCUUCGAUGUGAAGUCACUUGGUAAUACUUGUCAUGUACUUGGCAUCGAAGAAGAGUACAAAGAGGAUUCGUGGCUGGUCCAUUGA